AUGUGUUGCCCAGGAUGCUGUACGCAAGGACGGAAGCGCUCGCGUCGCUCUUCCGCUGUAAAUUCUUGCUCCGGAGUCUUUGCGGACUGUUAGCUGAAGUUCAUUGUGAGGUUGGAGGAGUCACUGGAGCCCUGGACAUAGGAUCCAAGGAGGGAGAAAAGUCACACCCAGCAGUGCCUAGGGGCUACUCCUGGUUCUGCACUCAAGAACACUCCUGACAGUGUUUGGGGACCCUCUGGGAUGCCAGGAUCGAACCUGGGUCAGCCGCAUGCAAGGCAAGCGCUCUACCCUCUGGCCCCAACCCCUGUACCCUUGACCAGCCCUCUGAGAGGAUUUCAUACAAGACCUGCUUUUCAGGGAUCUUGAGUUUCUAGGAGUGGUUGGAGUCUCAGCGGGAGUUCUGUUUUCCUUGGAACACACAAGCUUUUAUAGGGCAGGGGGUGGGCACCCUGUAGUAGACACCCCACCGUGAAGGCAGUCCUGUGACCCGAGUCCUCUGGUUUCCAUGUCAGAGCACAGAUGUAUUCGCAGGGAAGGAAGAUCCUGACCUGGCAUGACCCAGGAAGUCCUGAGGCUUCUGCCUGAGUGAAUGUGUCGGGAACCUGGACACGGGACUCUGAGAGCGUGGAGGAAGGGUCCCAUUCCUUCCUGACCCCUGCCAUCCCCUCUCCCAGUCCCAUCCCCGGGGCCCUCUGUGCUUUGUAGAGCAAAGACCAUGAGCACGUCUCUGGGGAUGGUGGUGUUUGAGGAUGUGGCCGUGGACUUCACCUGGGAAGAGUGGCAGCACCUGGAUGAUGCUCAGAGGACCCUGUACCGAGAUGUGAUGCUGGAGACCUACAGUCACCUGGUGUCUCUGGGACAUUCACUCGCCAAACCAGAAGUCAUCAUCAGGCUGGAGCAGAGAGCAGAGCCUUGGACAGCGAGAGCCUUAAGACACACCCUCUCGGACUUUCAGCAUAUGGAUUAUUUGGUUGAGAAGAACCAGAAAAAUCAGGAUAGACAUUUCUGGCAAGAUGUAACUACUGAGAGGAAAGUGGCAAAAAGGGAUCUAAUGAGCUUUGAAAAUCCUUUUAAUCUAAACUCAAGCUGUACUUCAAAACCAGCCAUCACUCCUGGAAACUCUCCUGUCCUCAUGGAGGAAGAUAAUGGAUGUGAGAACAUGUUUUCAAUCAUUGACCCUGAUGAGUUGUGUCCUGUACAGAAUCAUGAGGUUCACACGACUGUCUACAGUGAUAUUUUCACUCUCCCUGAAUAUGCAGAAAUACAUACAGAUGGAAAACCUCUUGAGGAUCAGAAACCCAGUCAGUGUUCAACCGUCAACAGACAUCGGAGAAAACACAUGAGAGAGAAAAUUAAAUAUAUAUGUUCUGAAUGUGGAAAAACUUUAUCCCAGAGACGAGGACUCCUCCAACACCAGAGAAUCCACACAGGCGAGAAACCCUAUGAAUGUAAAGAAUGUGGGAAAUCCUUCAGCCGGAAGUCAGACCUUACUGUCCAUCAGAGAAUCCACACAGGAGAGAAACCCUAUGAGUGUAAAGAGUGUGGGAAAACUUUCUCAUGGCGGAAAGGGCUCACUUUACAUUAUAGAACUCACACAGGGGAGAGACCCUAUGAAUGUAAACAGUGUGGGAAAACUUUCUCUUCGAAUUCAGCCCUCAAUGUACAUCUCAAAAGCCAUACAGGAGAGAAACGCUUUGAAUGUAAAGAAUGUAGGAAAACAUUCUUCUUGAAGUCCUACCUCACUAUACACCAGAGAAUUCACACAGGAGAGAAACCCUAUGAAUGUAAAGAAUGUGGGAAAACUUUCUCCUGUAAGGCACACCUCACUGUACAUCAGAGGGUCCACACAGGAGAGAAGCCUUAUGAAUGUAAAGUUUGUAGGAAAGCUUUCUCCUGGAGAAAAGGACUGAUUUUACAUCAAAGAGCUCACACAGGAGAAAAACCUUAUGAAUGUACAGAAUGUAGGAAAACUUUCUACCGGAAGUCAGAUCUCACUUUACAUCAGAGAGGUCACACAGGAGAGAAACCUUUUAAGUGUGAAGAAUGUAGGAAAACCUUUUACCGAAAGUCAGACCUCACUUUACAUCAGAGAAUUCACACAGGGGAGAAACCCUAUGAGUGUAAAGACUGUAGCAAAACUUUCUCCAGGAAGUCACACCUCAUUUCACAUAGCAGAACUCACACAGGAGAGAAGCCGUAUGAAUGUAAAGAUUGUAGGAAAACUUUCUCAAGGAAGUCAAAUCUCAUUAUACACCAGAGAAUUCACACAGAAGAAAAGCCAUAUGAAUGUUAAUAAUGUAGGACAAAUUUUGCCCAGAAGCCAAACUCCAGAGGAUAUAACGGAGCUCAUACAGGAAUAUCAGUGGGAUUGUAGAAACUGGCCUUUCUUCUGCUAAAAUAAGGGCAUGCAGUUAUUCUGCACCUGCCAGCUUCCCUUUCCUAUAUGUAUGCCCCUAUAACUUAGUUUUAAACCAGGUAAAACAUGUAUACAAGAAGGAAUAUUGGAGCUGGAGCGAUAGUACAGUGGGUAGUGUGUUCUCCUUGCAUGUGGCCGACCUGGGUUCGAUUCCCAGCAUCCCAUAUGGUCCCCUGAGCCCCACCAGGGCCAGGAGUAAUUCCUGAGUGCAAAGCCAGAAGGUAACCCCUGCACAUUGCUGGGUGUGACCCAAAAAGAAAAAAAAGGAGUAUUAUGCCCAUGUGUGCCUAUAAAACAUUGAUAUGAAUUCUUCCCUGAUUUUUUUAUGCUUUAUGGUCCUGGAGUACAUAUGAGACCCAGAUUUGCUUUGGAAGCCAUAGAAUGAACAUACUGUCUUAACAGUAAGGACUGUUGGGAAAGCAGUUUUUUCUCAAUUUCCCUAAAAGUUCUUCUUUUGUAUGUAUUAUAACUGCAUAAAAAAUAAAUGAUAAUCAAGCUAUUCCACAGGUGAUUU